AUGGGUAAAACCAUGUUAGUCCACAAGUUCCUUACAUAUUCCCCGCAUCUUGAAAACUACUCCAAAAUUUGGUUAGAAUCCUCAACUCAAGACUUAUUUGAGGCACAGUUGUUUAACCUUUGUGCAGAACUAGACAUUCCAACCAGACAACCAGGUGCCAUCAAUUUCAUCCGAGAUACGGAGGACAUUUUAAAAGAUUUGUGCAGUAUUCUUAAAGGAACACAAACAAUAAUUAUACUUGAUGAUUUAUACACAAAUGAUGAUAAUACAUUGGACCGGAAAACUAGCAACAACCUUGCCAAAUUUAUCCAAGAAAGCGAACUACUUUUCAUCAUAACGACUAAUUUCAGUACCUUCUUACCCUCAAGUUUGUCUCCAACUACAGAUAAUUUGACGGCCUUAAAGCCGCUAAGUUUUCAGGACGGACUACGCCUAUUAAAUUCGGAACUCGGGGAAUACCCAGAACUUGACGAAAAACUUGUAAAACUUCUUUAUGCCCUACAUUUCACCCCGGCAGCUCUUACCAUCGCCAUAAAAGUCAUUAAGGCUUGGAAAAAAUUUAAAAAUAUAGAGAUACCAUUCGGUAUAACGUUAUACACUAGGAAGAUAAAGGGUUUUGGCUAUGGAACAAGCAACUCCGUUAUGGCCACCCUGUCAACAUUUGGACUCUCUAUAGUUCACAUUAAGAAAUUUCACAAUAAGAAUAACGUUUCUAUGACAAUCUUGUCUUUUUUGUAUUACAUCCACCCGAAUAAAAUAUCAGUGGAGAUGGAGCGCAACAUUUUCCAACAGCUUCUCCCAAACGUAUCCUACACCGAGAUAGAAGAGGCGUAUUUACUUUUAAGUUUUCCAAAUGGUGCAGAUUUUCUGGACGAAAUUCUUGGCAUUUUUCAAUCCUUAAUGUCAAUAAGAGCGGAAAGCUGGAUUCCAAUUAUUGCAACAUUAAUCAAACACACACUUUCGUACCAUAAUUUGGUUGAGAAAUACGUCGAUUACAUUCUCGAUUUCAAUUACUUGCUUCGUUCUACGAAUAAUUUCAAGGAGUAUCUGCUACACAAUUUGGCUGUUUUUAGAAGUUGUUUUGGACGACAGCAUGAGCACACGCUUGCCAUGAGAAACUGGUAUAUUUCUGCAUUAAGUGAUGAAGGAAAGGCAAAUGAAACCUUAGAAGAGUGGAAACGUCUGGGGAACAUAUGUUCCAAAAAAUUCCCUCCAAACCACUGGAUCAACCUUGACAUCAAGCAACGGAUAGUUUCAGCUUUCCACGACCUUGGAAUGUUCCAGGAAGCAAAAGUUGGAUUUGAAACCUUAUUAAAAAUAGAAUUUGAAGAAGAUGAAAUUACGAAAAAUCGAAUUAAAGGAAACUACGCACUUACUCUACAGGAAUUGAAUGAAUGUGAUCAUGCUCUUUCCUUUUUUAACGAAGUUUUAGCAUUUUGGUCAAAUUUACAGGAUGAAAAGGAAACGUGUACAGCAAAACAAAACAUAGCUGCAAUUUAUUAUGAUCAAGACAGAUUUUCCGAAGCCAAAGAAAUAUUUCAAGAAUUAUUGGAAAUUCGCACAAAAAUGUUUGGGGAAGAAGAUGCGGUGACUUUGGAAACGAAAAUUUGGCUUGCGAAAACCAUCUCGCAAAUUUAUCCACACAACCACAACUUAGUCCAGGCUGUGAGUAACGUUUACAAACAUGUUCACUCCGUUCAAGUAAGAUCCUUAGGGGAACGACAUCCAACAACUCUACAAUCUUUGAAGGAUCUGGCUGUGUAUUUACUAGAAAAUGGAAACGACGACACAAAUCACACACCCGAAAUCAGAAAAAUGUUGGAGUUUGUACUGAUCGCGAAUAUGGAAAAUUUUGGCGACAAACACCCAACUACUUUGGUAACAAAGUUUUUCCUUGCGCAAGUGUCAGAAGUGGAGGAAAAUUUUGUACAGGCAUUAACAAGUUAUGAACAAGUUUUACACGAAUUUCAAAUAAUUUAUGGGGAUUUGCAUCCAUCCACUAUUUCAACGAAGGAAGCUGUCGGCUUGGUUUUAUAUAACAUGGAAAACUUUGAAAGAGCAAAGAUUAUUAUGGAAGAGGUUUUUAUCGCUAGAAGUACCGUUUUCGGGAGGGAUUGUAAGAAAACUCUGUUUGCUCAGUACAGUUUUGCGGAUUGUUUAACUAAAUGUGGAGAAAGGGAGAAAGCUCGGAAAAUAUUUAAGGAAAUAUUAGACUUCGAUGGGCAAGUUGAGGAAGACGAAGAUUUUAAAAACUUAUUUCAAGAUACGAAAGAAAUUUUAGAGGGGAAGAACAUCUUAUGA